CCCGCCCCUCCCGCCGCAGCCGCCGCGGCUCCGGGCCUGGGCAGGCGGCGGGGGCGCCGCGCCGGGCGGGCGGCGGGGCCAUGCUGGGCAAGGACUACAUGCUGGCCAUCGUCCUGGUCAACUGCGACGACAACCUCUGGAGCGACCAGAGCCUGGAGACAGACCCUGACCUCCCCCCAAGCUGGAGGAAAAUCUGUGACUCUCUGGGUACCUAUUACUGGCAUGUGCCAACAGGCACGACACAGUGGCAGCACCCUGCACGCACCACCGGCCCAGGAGGUCACACGGAGGCCGAUGGAGAGGACACACUCCAGGGAAGGGAAUGCCAGGGCCCUGCAGCCAAGCACUCAGCAAAGGACCGGCCCAUUCCCAGCCCCAUGGCUUCGCUGUCCCGAAGGCACUCGCUGUCCUGGCAUGGAGAUGACUUCCAGCACAGCGCAGAGCCCGGCUCCAAGUGCUUUGCUGUGCGCUCCCUGGGCUGGGUGGAGAUCCCCGAGGAGGACCUGGCACCUGGCAAGAGCAGCAUUGCUGUCAACAACUGCAUCCAGCAGCUCUCCAACAGCAAGGGCCAGGGCUCUGCGGAGAACCAGGGUGAGGGCCAGGACCUAGUGAUGAUUCUGAAGAAGGACACCAUGAGCCUGGUGGACCCCCUCGACCGCAGCCUCAUCCACCGCCAGCCCAUCCUCAACAUCCGUGUCUGGGGUGUUGGCUGCAACAACGGCAGGGACAGGGACUUUGCCUUUGUGGCCAGUGACAAGGACACCUGCGUCCUCAAGUGUCACGUCUUCCACUGCAACGUGCCCGCCAAGGGCAUCGCCAAGGCUCUGCAUGAGAUGUGCUCCAAGAUCGUGGCCGAGCGAGCCGUAGCGAGCAGCCGGCUGCCCCGCGCCGCCACGCUGGAGCCCAUCUCCGCCGAGGACCUGCCCCUGCAAGUGGAUAUCCUGGAAGCGGUGAGGCAGUCCAUGCAGACCUACGAGGCGCUGUACAUCGGCACCCUGCCCGUGCCCAGGGCCAUGGGGAUGGAUGUGUUGAACGAGGCCAUCGAGAAGCUGACCAGGCGCCCUGGGCGGGAGAACUGGACGCCCUCCCUCAUCUACGUGUCCGACACGGCUAUGAGGGUGCACCCGGCGCAGGUGGGGAGGGGACAGAAGGCUGCGGCCGGAGCGGGCACGGCGCUGUCCCCGGCAGGGCGGAGCUGGGGGGCGGCAGCGCUGCCCGGGCGGCGGCCAGGGGUGGAUGGGCCCGCGGGGUCCCCGCAGGAGCCCGAGGAGGCGGCGCACAUCUGGGAGUGCCAGGUGCGGUACGUGACCUUCCUGGGGGUGGGCCGGGACGCGCACACCUUCGCGCUCAUCGUGGACACCGGGCGACGCUUCCAGUGCGCGGCCUUCUGGUGCGAGCCCGACGCCGGCACCAUCUCGGAGGCGGUGCAGGCCGCCUGCAUGGUGCAGUACCAGAAGUGCCUCGUGGCCGCCGCACCGGGGGCGAAGGCGAAGAGCGCGGCUGGCCGGGGCCGGGCCGGGCCGGCGGCCGCGGGGGACGCUGCCCGCGGGGCGGCCAAGGCGGGGGGCGGCGGCGGCGGGGCGGGGGCCGGGGCCCGCAAGCGGGGACUCUUCUCCUUCCUGGAGGUGUUCCGCCUCCGGCGGGCCCUCCUGCACAGCCCCUAG